AAACAUGGACCCAUCUCAUCACACCCCAUAUCUGUGCAACCGGGAGUGUUUCCGGGCAGUCCAUGUCGACUCUCCACGGCAUUUGACAGUCAGAUGAGAACCUUGAUCGAUACAUGUCAGGAAUUCCCAAACUUCCUCUCCCUUUUUGUUGGCUGCUCUCUUCCGCCUCCUCUUCCCUUCAAAUAGAGAGAGGAGGGGAAGGAGAAAGAAAGAUGAAGAAGAGAGGGAAAAAAAGAAAUCUAGCGACAUUACCGUCGUCGUCGUCCGAUCAAAAGUUGAACCCCCGAAAUCUACCCAAACAAUCUCUAUUUCGGACGAAUCGAAAUCGCCCCUCAUCGAGAAAUGGGAUCAUCGAUCGAUCAUGUGUGGAAGAAGGACCGGGAGAGCCUGGCCGGGAUGCAGGAGGGAGAGGUCGUCGACGGCGACGGUUAUGGCAUGGGCAUUGGCUCACGCAGAAGAUAUCAUUCGAGAGAAAACGCGGCGAUGCGGGCUGAUUGGGGGAUCAUCUGGUGCCGGAUGGGAGGGCUGGUUCGCGGGUGGGAAAGAGGUUGCGUAGGGGGUCGUCGCGAGGGGAAUGGAAUCCGGGCAUAAUCUGUUGUUGAUGGUGUGAUGGGACGGCGGAGGACCGGAGAGGGUUUCCUGUAUUCUCGCGACGUUUUCUUUCACGUUUUCAAUUCACACGUUGAGGUUGAGAAACACC